CGUCGUUCGGCCUCGGCUAGUCCGGACUGCAACGGAACGGAAAGGACGGAAUUUCACGCUUGUGUUUGGUUGUGCCCGGGUCGAAACGUGGAAACGACGAUUAAACACACAACGUCCUUGAUUAUUAUUCUUCUAAUUACAAUUGUAAUUUGCAUAGCGGUAUUACAGUUGUAAUAAAUCGAAUCGUUAACAAAAGCGGAUAACGAUUGAUUGCUAUAGCCGACGACGCUCUGUGUUCCUUUGUGUGCUCUGUGAAGUGCUAUUUCUUGACGUUUUCAUUUGACGGCUACACGGCUAGCUAGCUAUGUUUUAUUUAGCCGGCCAUUUUGUAUUUUGACUGUUUCGGUCGGCAUAGAAGUUCGCGGAAAAUAUCUUGAUUCUCUUCAUUUACACACAGUUUUCUAUUGCUUUUCCCUGAAUAUUGAUUGAAGUGCUAGAACAGUGAAUUAUUAGUUAGUAUUUGACUUGAAAUCGGUGAAGUGAAACUGAAGAAGAAUUCUUGUUGAUGCCUUGAAGUUAAAGAGAAUAUUAUAAUAAUAUAUAACGAUAUUAUAAUAAUAUAGACUGUAAAUGAAAGGAUGAAAGUACAUCAUGGCAACAAAUAUAGAUUCUGAAUUUCCAUCAUCGCCACCAAAUGAUGAAUCAGAUGCGGAUGGCGAUGAAGAAGAGCCAGUAAACACCAAGCCGAUCUCAAACAAUGUUGCUGACAUUUUAAAGAGACUUGAGUCGACUGGAGCUUUAUUGAAGCAGCCGAAGAAAGAGUACAGGUGUUACACCUGCAACGAGGACUUCCUCGAUUGGGGAGACCUUGAGAAUCAUCUCAUCCAGCACGUGUCGCAGCCCUCGGUGGUGCUCGACAAGCUGCCGUCCGACGACGAAGAUGUCCCUUCGUCCGGGGACGACUGGUCCGACGAGGAGGAUGACGUCCCCAAUCCUCCUCCCCAGCAGAAAACGCCCCAAAAGAUAGACAUAUCACAAAUCAUGAAGAAAACUGGCAUCUCCAUCAAAAAGCCAGGACAGUCAGACACCACCAGCGCAGCAAACUCCGAUUCGGCCCUCAGCAAGCUUAGUGGACUUGGUUUUACGAUCAAGAAGAAUUCCACUCCCAUCAAACAAGAACAACCUGAUGCUGAUAAACAAAGUCCUAGUGAUGUGAUGCAAAAGCUAGGUAAACUGGGUGGUAUCAAACUAAAACUCAAGUCUGAUGGUGGUAAUACAAAUUCUUUUAAAGUUAUUAAUGGUUUGAGAGAUUUCAAGACUUCUGACGACGAAGACGAAGAAAACGAGGAGUUUAAAGAAGAGCAUAUUGAUGAGUUCGGUGAAGAUCAAGAUGCUGAAGACAAGGAAGGCCAAGAGUCAGCAGAGGAAGAGCCGCCAGAGGACGAAGAAGAGGAGGAAGUUCCAUUAGCCACUACAAAGAUCAAAAAUUUAAAUACAGCAAUAAAUAUAUCAAAACCACUACAGGAAUCGUCAAAAUCAGAGACGGCGAAAGCAGAACCAAUGAGGAUGGCUGUAAAGCCGGCAGCAAAGGCUCCAGGUAGACCCGCCGUAAAGCAGACGCCAAGAAGAGGAGCAAACCUUCCAAUAGCAGCCAAGCAAUCAACCCAAGAGCCUCAGCCGACGCAGGCCAAAGAUAUUUCAACAACAUCUUCCACACCUGAAAUCGGUGAAUCACACGAUUCUAGUACAGGAAACGUUGUGGUAAAACGAGAAAUAGAUACGGGCAACGAAGUGCAGUCCUCCAAUAUGCCAUUGUUUUCUGGUCAGAUCAAGACUGAGAGAUCGUCGCCGCCACCAUCUGACAGCACCCCGACGUCUACACCGGUUAUCGCUAAAGUUAAAACUGAAGCGGAAGCAACAGUCAACACUAUCGGAAUGCAACCUCUUUUUCAAAAUAAUUCUACUGCAGUCAGUGAAUCUAGCACACCUACGACUCCUCUUCUCCCGGUGACUAAGAAAGAGGAAUCUGGCGUGACGAUCAUAGAAAUCAACGGUGAUUCAAACGACGAGGACGACGACUGUUGCGUAGUUUCAGCUACGCCGGCGCCCGAUAUCAAACCGAAAACAGAAUCUCUUCCAGUUUCAUAUCCGCCACCUGCCUUCACAACUUCUCAACCAAGUUACAGCACACCUGUCCUUUCGUCGCGAUUAACCGCCCCGUCCACAGAAAAACAACACAAUUUUAACUGGAAUGCUCCAGAUUCUAAACCGCCUCUCGACAUGCUAGAAAAGAGCACUGACGAUAUAUUCGAAAGUUUGCUCUCGACUAAAAGAGAAAAUUCUUCCCUUUCGGAUGCUAGUGAAUACAUAUCACUAGACACCCUGGGCCCGCAGCAUUCCUGCGACGUUUGCAAUAUACGGUUCACAAGUCUGUCGCUUCUAGAGGAGCACAGGCGGAUGACUGGUCAUUCAUCUAGUCUCGUCGCUCCAUCUUCUUCGAGUAUUCUCCCUUAUAGUUCAUCAUCGAAUAUCCUAUCAAGUUUACUACCCGUAAAACAAUUGGCUGAACAAGUUGGCAAGUUGUCGUCGAUUGGCAGUGGGCCAGGGUUCACGCAUCAGCAGAAUGUGAUGAUCAAUAUUCAGGCAUAUCCCGGAGCAGGUGGUGUAAUGGGGCCUCCGCCGUCAUACAACUCAUAUGCUCCAGGGCAGCAGAACAUGCAUCCAGGUUAUCCACAAUCACCGAAUAACAUGUACAAUCAAGGGCAUAUGCCAGGACAACAAAUGCCAGGUCAGUACCCUGGCCAAAACUAUAUGGGGCAGCAAGGAUUCAAUCAACAAGGUUAUGGCCAAACACCAAUGUCAAAAGCUGGAUAUGGAGCUAUGCCACCGACAUCACUGUAUUCUUCUACAACUCCCUUGCAAGGCAUGCAGCAAGCGGUUUAUGGACAAAGUCCUGGAGUUAUGAAUAGUCAAAUGGCUCCAGGAUCGUCGCCGAGUAAUCCAUACGCGCCCGCUUCUAGUCCUGGCGGCACAAUGAAACCACCGAAUAGUAGCGGUGUGAGGAUACAGAACAUACAAACCUUUCCACCUGGGCAAGUUGUGGGUGGAGCUGGUCAGCAGAUGCCAGGAGACAUGGGACCUAUACAACUCGGACAGAUGGGGCCUGGUCAGAUGAAUUCUGGCCAGAUGGGCCCUGGGCAGAUGGGCCCCGGGCAGAUGGGACAGGGCCAAAUGGGACAAGGUCAGAUAGGCCUUGGACAACCUAAUGCCCCUGGUCAGCCUAUGGGAGCUCAAAUGCCGGCCCCGGGUCCUAUUAGAAUGGCUGCAGGUGCUAAUAUUACUGGGUCUCGACCACGCAUGCCAAAUGUGAGGGGAGUUCGUCCAUCAAUAAGGCCUGGGAUUCAAGUGCAUGGUCAAGUGCGAGGCGCGAAACCACGGAUGCCGAUGAAGCGACCGGCGGGGAUGGCGGGCGGACCCGGACAGAAGCGGAGGACCGACAUGCUGCUCCCAGGCAAACAUGAUAACGAAGAUUGCCAAGUCAUGGCGAUGCAGAAACAACGAGAAGGUCUACCAAUGAUUCAAAGCGUGCAGGGCGCUAAAGAUAAACUAAAUCUCGGCAGCCAAAUAUCUAUAACUAAAAAGACUGUUAACAAAGAAGCUAAUGCGAUGGCUAACGUGUUAGCGUCUCGAGGGAUCAGCGUCAAACAGAAGCAGAAGAGUAGAUCGCCUUCUCCUGAGAGACCUCUUCCGCAUAUCCCUAACCUUGGUGCGGGAGUUAGUAUCAAGCACACGUCAAAAUCCAGCAACUUUUCCAUACCUGAGGCCAAAGUCGGGGGUGGUAUGCAAGCUUGUCCGGUCUGUAAGAAGAUGUUUAUGAACUCCAACUCUUUGCAAGUCCACAUGUCUAGUGCACAUCCGCAGACCAAAUUAAACAUGUUCAAAUGUGACGAGUGUCCCGCUUCUUAUCCAAAAUCCUUGCAACUUCAACAUCACAAACGAGUUUUCCAUAAUGUCCAAGGACCUAAUAGGGAGUUAGGGUUACCUGUAGUAGAUCUAUCGCAAGAAGAUAACAUAAAGCGAUUGAGUAAUUUAGGUAUAUACAGCUUCAUUCCCUUGGCUAAUCGGGAGCAGGCAGGUGGAUGCUUUGGCAUACCAGUCAUCUCAGUUCAUAACAUGCAGAACGGCAUGACAAGUGGCCUGCAAGCAUUAGGAGCUGACGGCUUAUUAAGUUUAGGACCCUUAAAACCAUUACCAAAUACGUAAAGACUCAAAUGUCCACAAAAUUUGAAAAUAUAUUUUAGGUUAUUCAACGGCAUUUAUAACAUCGUAUCAUGAAUUUAUUAUUCAUAAACAAAAAUUCCUGAAUCAUAUUUUGUAAAAUGAUGUAUCAGUAUUUUGUAUACGAUCACAAAAUUGUUUUUUGUAUUUCAUGAUAAUGACAAAAUGGUGGAAAGAAAUAUCUGUUUUACAAUUAACAGCAGCCGUAGCACCGCAACUGCAUAUCGCGCGCGUUGCGAUAAAGAAAACAAGCCCAAUUACCUAUGGCGUCGCGCGCGAUUUGAGGUUGCAAUAUUACGGCUGCAGAUGUCCUCAGUGAAACUGCGGAAAUCUUAGUAAUAAGAGUAAGGUCGAUAUUUUCCUAUAUUUAUAAACUUAAUUACUAGUUUAAGUGCAAUAAUAAGUAUGGAUCUUGUGUAGUUUAAGCAAUCUGGAUAAACAUAGGUACUAUAGGUGCAUACAUAAAUAUCCUUGCUUCUAAGUACAGAUAAUAUUAAUAAUAGUUUGUAUAUCAAAUUCUGUGAUGGAUAUUAUUUGCAUGAGAAUAUAACGAAGUCAUAAAAAUAUAUUAUGUAGGUACGCUAAAAUUUUUGAGCGCGGGCAAGGCCAACUUAUCUUGGUAAUUACUAAAUUUGUACAAUGGUCCAGCAAAAGUUGGCCUGACUCGCGUUAGUUUUAGCGUGCUGCUUAGGUUUACUGUAAUUACUCAGAUAACUUUACUACUGUGUCUUUGCUAUAAUUCUUUCUUUUGGAAUUUAUGUCUAUGAAUGGUUGUUUCUUCUCUAUUUUAUUGGUACUUUGUAUCUAUGGCCAGUUUUGCUUUGAAUACCGAAUAGCACAAGUAAAUGACCUAUGAAUGUAUCCGUUCCCGUUUUUGUUUACAUCGAAGUAUUCGUGUUAUCAAGAAUCAAGUAAAAGGAUCAGGUAUUGUGUUAAAGACAAUCGUUUAUUAAAAGUUUUGUUAUUGCGAAUUAUUUAAGAGUUAGUGUUCCUGUAAUUUCCCUAAUUGGAGUUUAUCGUACUCCAAAAUGAAGCACAAAUGGUCAAUGGACAAUGUACCAUUAUGCUAGCAUUAUAAAUAUCAUUGUGUUCUCUUAGGCAACUAUUAUUGUUUUGGGUUAUUUUCUGUAUUGUGAUUCCCACUAGCAAAUCUUUUUAGUGUUUACUUAGUUAUUGUAAUUAAAAUUAUAUUAAUUCAGAAGAGAUUUGUGUAUAAAAAAAUGCGAGGUUACUUACAAUGAAUAAUACUCUUAGUUUCACAAAUUCUGAGAAAGAUCUUAUACAAAUAUAUCCAUAUAUACCUAAUUACUUAUAUUAAAAAUCUAUCUAAGUUUAAAAUAUUAGUUGUCUUAAGUUUCUAUAAAUACAAAUUGAAUUCUAAUUUAUAGGAAAUUUUAGUAUCGAAUGUAGCGAUAUCUAAAUUACUAUUUUUGUUUAAAAGCUUUGUAUAAAUGCAUCUAAUUAUAGUAGUAUAAUAGGAAAAAAUGUUUAAGUUGAGAAUAUUUAGCAUAAAAUAAGGAUUUUAUAAUUUUGAGUUUGAAAGAACUAUUACAAGAGUGGAAUAGAGACGUAAAAGUACGAAAUGACGAAUAAAGAUAUUCGUAGAAAUUA